GAAUGCGCACAAGACAAGAUACGCUGCAUUAGACAUGGCACCUGCAGGAACUCUCCGCCCUCUUUCCACACAUGGCAUCCUAUUUCUCUUCACCCACCUUCUCAUCUUCAUGUCCUCCAACACCGUCGCAAAAUCCAUCAGCAACGGGUCCGAGGUCGACCGGCAGGCCCUCCUCUCCUUCAAGGAGAGCAUCACCAGUGAUCCGCGCCAGGUCCUGUCGUCUUGGAACCACUCGAUCAGCUUCUGCAGCUGGAGAGGUGUCACCUGCGGUAUUACUCUUCCAACUCGUGUGGUCUCCCUGAACUUAAACUCUGCACAGCUCAGUGGUCAGUUAUCUCCUUGGAUAGCUAACCUUACGUCACUUGAACGGCUAGACCUUUCAGAAAAUCGCUUCUCUGGAAGCAUUCCAGAGGAGUUAGGCACACUUCGACAGCUACAGUUUAUGAUCCUUUCAGUGAACAUCCUUGAAGGUAUCAUUCCUAGAUCCCUAGGCACUAGUAGAUCUCUCAUACAUGUCAAUCUCACAGAAAACCAUCUUGUCGGUACUAUACCAGAUUUCCAUAGGUUGCCAGCCCUCCAAACUUUGAUACUGUCAGAAAACAUGCUUAUAGGUAGCAUUCCUAGAUCUUUAGGCACUAGUAGAUCUCUUAAAAUUGUCGAUCUCUCAUUUAACAUCUUCACUGGCAAUAUUCCAGAUUUCCAUAAGAUGUCAACCCUUGAAUUUCUUGAUCUUUCAAAUAACGACCUUUCUGGAAGCAUACCUUCAUCACUGGGAAAUGUUUCUUCUCUUAGCCAUAUCCAGAACCUUAGUAUGCUGAGUUUAGGUAACAACAACCUGUCGGGGCAUCUUUCGUCCGAACUCUGUAACAUCUCAUCACUCAUUUAUCUUGACUUAGCCCAGAAUGACCUAACUGGACAAGUACCAUCUUUCAUUGGAAACACAUUAACAAACCUUGAAUUGCUUGACAUGUCAGGUAACAAAUUUGAGGGAUUAAUUCCAUCAUCACUAGCAAAUGCAUCGAACCUCCAAGUGAUUGAUCUUGGAUACAACUUACUAAAUGGACGAAUCCCAUCUCUGGGAUCUUUACUUAACUUACAGCUACUAAUUCUUGAAAAUAACUUCCUAGAAGCUGAAGGCUGGGAAUUCCUUGUCUCUCUCGCAAAUUGUUCGCAGCUAGAAAUUUUGGAAAUGAGUGGGAAUGUCCUGAAUGGUAGUCUCCCUAGGUCUGUUGGGAAUCUUUCUAGAAGUUUAGUACGUUUAAACCUUGGAAGGAAUCAAAUCGUAGGCACAAUACCAGUUGAGAUUUUUAACCUUGCAAGUCUCCAAAUGCUUGCUAUGGACAAAAACUUGCUUUCAGGGGUUAUUCCUUCUAUUAUCGGGAACCUAGACCGGCUAGUUGUCCUAGACCUAUCAGGGAACAAAUUUUCUGGUCAGAUCCCAUCUGCAAUAGGUAAUCUUUCCCAGCUGAAUCAGCUUUCUCUAGACAACAACAACUUGAGUGGGAACAUCCCAGCAAGUUUAGGAAAUUGCAAGCAACUGGAUAUGCUAAGCUUAUCUUUUAACAGCCUUGAAGGACCAAUACCAAGUGAACUCACCAAUAGCACUACCCUCCUCAGUUUUGAUUUGUCAAACAACAACCUUACAGGAUCAAUACCACUACAAGUUGGUGCACUGCUUCAACUUGCCCGUCUUGAUAUUUCCGUCAACAAAUUGUCUGGUCAAGUACCAUUAUCACUUGGCCAAUGUGUCCAACUAGUGUCUCUAAGAUUGAGAAGUAACAUGCUUAAUGGAAGCAUACCUCAGUCUUUCAGUGAGCUGAAGUCCAUUGAUCAGAUUGAUCUUUCCCAAAACUACCUUGUUGGACAAAUUCCAGAGUUCUUUGCAAACAUGGUUUAUUUGCACCAACUUGAUCUGUCAGCCAACUACUUUGAAGGGCCAAUUCCAACCGGUGGCAUCUUUCAGAAAUAUAGUGCAGUAAUCUUGGAUGGUAAUGCAGGGCUGUGUGCAAAUGCAACCACCAACUUAUUCGAUUUCCCACUUUGCCCCACAACGUCAGCUGUUGAGAGCAAGCAUGCACUCCUAUUGGUAAAACUAAUUCCCCCAAUUGCUAUUGCCUUGCUCUCCUUCAUAUGCUAUGUGGUCACUGUUCUGAAGAGAAGGCAAGCAGAAACAGCUCCAUGCUACAAGGAGACAAUGAAGAAGAUUUCUUAUGGUGACAUCGUCAAAGCUACCAACUGGCUCUCUCCGGUUAACAAGAUCAGCUCAAGUCGCACCGGCUCGAUCUACAUUGGAAGGUUUGAGUUUGACACGGACUUGGUCGCCAUCAAGUUAUUCCAUCUCGAAGAGAAUGGUGCGCAUGACAGCUUCGCUACCGAGUGCGAGGUGUUGCGAAACACCCGCCAUCGCAAUCUUGUCAAAGCUGUCACCGUAUGCUCGACAGUGGACCUAGAGAACAAUGAAUUCAAGGCUAUAGUUUUCGACUUCAUGGCCAACGGAAGCUUGGACAUGUGGGUGCACCCGAAGCUACACAACAAUAGCCCCAAGAGAGUACUGAGCUUGGGUCAGAGGUUAAGAAUAGCGAUGGACGUCGCGUUGGCUCUGGAUUAUAUGCACAACCAGUUAACGCCUCCUCUAAUCCACUGUGAUUUGAAGCCCGGAAAUGUUCUUUUGGACUAUGAUAUGACCGCAAGGGUUGGUGAUUUUGGGUCAGCGAGGUUUCUCUCUUCUACCCCUGGUAGUCCAGAAGACUUGGUUGGUGUGGAAGGAACAAUUGGAUAUAUCGCACCCGAGUACUGUAUGGGAUACAAAGUUUCACCAGGAUGUGAUGUUUAUGGUUUUGGAAUCCUCCUUCUAGAAAUGCUUACCGGAAGGCGACCAACGGAUGCAAUGUUCACCGGUGGCCUGAGCCUGCACAAGCUUGUGAGCUCAGCAUUUCCAGGCAGACUCAGAGAGGUUUUAGAUCCCCAUUUGUCCCACGAGCAGCAGCGUGCGUGUGAUAGAGUGCUUAUGCGGAGAUAUAUGGUACCUCUGGUUGAAGUUGGCCUCCUGUGUUCCAUGGAAUCGCCUAAAGAUCGACCGGGAAUGGGAGAAGUUUGUGCCAGAAUUUUGUCUCUCAAAGAGGCAUUCUUUGAGUUCUGCUGAUUAACCUGCAGAUCAACACGUUCUUGAAUAAGAGUAUAAGGUGCGAAUAUCUUUGCUGUAAAAAUUGGUUCUGCAGAUCACAUUUAUGUGUUGGAAAAUCACCAGAUCUCUAGUUAUCAAAAUAUUGAAUUGCUCGAAAGAGUACAUGUUCAGUAUUGGAGCUCCCUAUGUUGGAAAAACUAGUAUAUGUAUUCUAUUAGACAUGAUAUUUUAGAAACUGAGUUCAUGUGAUCCCAAUUAUUAAUCUGCGUAUUCAGAGAAGUAUAUUGCAGUA